CGCCGUUUCACUGGCGCUGUAAUAAAAGUAUGACAAGUGAGGUUAAGUGUUUGUGUCAUACUGUAUAAAUAGUAAACACAUAAAUAAAUAAUAGUCUUUAUUUUCAUAAAUAUAAAAUAAUCUAUAUGCUAUUCAUACAUUGUAUAUUGAUUAUAUAUUCUAUGUUAUAAUACUACUUUCUGAUUUUUAAAAAUAUCAAAAUGAGGCAACAAAUAAUUGACACGAAAAUUAACUUACAUGCAUCUGGUGAAGCUGAUGAAUGCCUUUUUGAAUAUUUACACGCUGAGAUGGUUAAUUAUGCUCUGAGUAAAUCGUGUAAAAAUAAGGAAGGGGAAGAAGAGCUAUCGCGACUAGAAUGGAUGGGAUUCAGUGUUGGCUACAGAAUUAUUGAACGAUUGACACGGGAAUGGAAUCGAUUCAAAGAUGAAUUGGAUAUGAUAAAAUUUAUCUGUACUGAUUUUUGGUCCAGCCUUUAUCAUAAACAAAUCGACAAUUUAAGAACAAAUCAUCACGGUGUGUAUGUAUUACAAGACAAUUCAUUUCGAUUACUGAAUAAAGUAGGUACUAACAGUAAUAAGCAAUAUCUUCAAGAAACUCCACGUUUAUUGACAUUUACUUGUGGACUUUUAAGAGGAAGUUUAGCAAAUCUUGGAAUUAUUAGCACUGUUAAUGCAGAAAUUUCUACAUUACCAAGUUGUAAAUUUCAUGUACAAGUUCAAAGAAUUUAAUAUUAAUAAAUACAAAGCAGAAUAUGUAUAAUAAAAGUUUAUGUAUGUUGUGAAAGAGUAUCAUAUAGUUGAAUUUUUCAUAAGUAAAAAAGUAUAUUAAGAAAAGAAUAUUAUUUGUAAAGCAAAA